UCCGGAAAUUAGAGGAGACACACAUCACAUCACACACUGCAGAGGGUGACAUUUGAAACGUCAGUGUCUUGCGUGUCCGUGGGGGCGGAGCAUUAAGUUAGGGGAGGAGCAAGGGGUCAGGUGAGAAAAGGAGAGGACGUCUGGUUGAGGAAUCGAAACUUAAGGUUCAGAGAAACUGAAAGCAACUUACGUCAAAGCUGUUCUCUCGUUCAGGCGAGAAAAUAAAACGCAUUUUGGAACAAAUAGUCUGACAGACAGUAACAACACGGAAUGGCCUGUGCUAACACUUCCUGGUCUGAAGAGAACUUUUCAUGUUCCAUCUGUCUGGAUGUGUUCAACAGUCCAGUUACCACCGCAUGUGGACACAACUUCUGCAGAACCUGUAUUACCAAGUUCUGGGAUGAACAAGUCCAGUUCAAAUGUCCUGUUUGCGACAAGAUUUUCGACACAAAACCUGAUCUACAGGUCAAUACCCUCUUCUCAGAGAUGGCUGCUGAGUUUAGAACGUCCGUACAAAUAAAAGAGCAGCCUUGUGUUGAACCAGCAGAAGUUCCCUGUGACGUCUGCACUGGGACCCAGCUGAAGGCUGUGAAGUCCUGCCUAGUGUGUCUUAUCUCUUACUGCCAAACCCACCUGGAGCCACAUCAGAGAGUCGCAGGCCUGAAGAAACAUCGGCUGGUCGAGCCUAUGGACCGUCUGGCAGACAGGAUGUGUAAGAAACACGACCGACUUCUGGACCUCUUCUGCCAGACUGAUCAGGUGUGUGUGUGUCAGUUCUGCACAGAGGCAGACCACAGGUCCCAUCCUGUUGUACCUCUAAAGGAGGAGUAUAAAGUGAAGACGGCCCAGCUGGGGAAGAUAGAGGCUGAAGUUCCGCAGAUGAUCCAGGAGAGAAAACAAAAGAUUAAGGAGAUCACAGACACAGUAGAACUGAGCAACAAAGAAGCAGACAGAGAGAUAGCUGAUGGUGGGCAUGUCUUCACUGCUCUGAUAGGCUGUGUUGAAAAGUGCCGGGAUGAAUUCAACCAAACGGUGAAAGAGAAACUGAAAUCCACAGAGAAACGAGCUGAAGACCUCAUCAAAGAGCUGGAGCAGGAAGUAGAAGAUCUGACCAAUAGAUGCUCAGAGGUGAAGCAGCUCUCACACACUAAAGACCACCUCCACUUCCUCCAGGCCUUCAGAUCCCUGAAGGAUCCUCCACCCCCCAGGGACUGGACCACGGUGGAGGUCUGUCAACCGUCAUACGUAGGGACCUUGAGGAGAUCCCUGGACCAGCUGGAGGAGACCCUGAACAUGGAGAUGAAGAAGCUGCGUGAUGCUGAACUGAAGAGGGUCCAGCAGUAUGAAGUAGAUGUGACUCUGGAUCCUGAUACAGCUCAUCCCCAGCUCAUCCUCUCUGAGGAUGGGAAACAAGUACAUGAUGGAGGUGAAGAGAAGGAACUCCCAGACAACCCUAAGAGAUUUGUAAAUCAAGUAUUAGUCCUCACGAAGCAGAGCUUCUCCUCAGGGAGAUUUUACUUUGAGGUCCAGGUUAAAGACAAGACUAUAUGGUUUUUAGGAGUGGCCAGAGAGUCCAUCGACAGAAAGGAUGAGACCAUGUUUACCCCUAAGAAUGGUUACUGGGCUCUUUUCUUCAACAAGAAUGGAUUUAUACUUCAUGAUAACCCUCCUGUCUGUCUCCCUCUGAGAGCUGAGCUCCAGAAGGUGGGGGUGUUUGUUGAUUAUGAUGAGGGUCUGGUCUCCUUCUAUGAUGUGGAAGCCAGGGUUUGUCUCUACUCUGCUACUGGCUGCACCUUUAGUGAGCCUCUCUAUCCAAUCCUUUCUCCAGGUUCACCUCAAGAAGGUAAAAACUCUGCCCCCCUGAUCAUCUCACCUGUCAAUCAAACAGACUAGGACCUUUGUUUGGUAAUAAUCAAACAACCAAAACAACUGAGGUUGUUUCCUGAAUUAGAAUCUCUACUAUGUGAGAUCUGAGAGAACUGCAUAAAUGUCUUACUGCUGUCAUUCAAAGAGAAUGAGUUCUUUCAGAAUCUAACCCCAGUUGUUGAAUGUAACUCAUUAUAAAGGGUUGGAUUACACUCUAUUGUCUGUUUUCCUCCGAUUUUUUUACAUGUUUAAGGCUAUUGUUAACAGUUGCAUGUAAAACAUUUUAAGAGGAUUCAUUUGUAUAAAUGUUAAUUGUAGUUUAUUAACUUUUCUUUGGUUUUUACUUCUGAAUAGUGAAUGACAAAACAAUACAAUGUCAGAUUUUAAUAAAAAGAAAAGCAAAAAAAUGUAAUGUGUAGGCCAACAUUAUCAUUGUAAUUGGUAAUUUCAGUGGAAUAAAUACAUUCCAGUCCGAUAGUGUUCAGUAGAAAAACUGCCUCAGUGGGAUACAAAAAAUCUUUGAGUUUGAGUUGCCUCAAACCCUUGUUUUGAUAAAUUCACUGAAAACUGUAAAAGCCUUUAAUUUUUGAACCAGUAAUUGACUUAAUCUCCACCAUACAACAACUGUUCAUGUAUUACACACAUAAACAAAGCUCACUGUGACAACAUGUAUAGAUUCUCCCCAUGUGUGUGAGUACCGUGACUUUGUCUGGUCAGCUCUCCUCUCCUCUCUCCUAUCUCUGCUCUCCUCUCUAGCUCAUCUAGGAUUGUUUCUUGUCUUACGUUACAUUGCAUUACUUAUGGUCUAAAUAAGUCACCAAGUGCGACGUCAGUCGCCUUUUAGAAAUAAAAGCGCAAAGAGAAUCAAAGACACAUGCACACACAUCUGUUAAUGAUCUCUAAUGUUUGGUUCUAUUAUUUCAGUCGUUCUGUUUAUUAUGUACUUUUAAGUGGCUAUUCUUCAGUUAUAUUUGUUGUUAAUGCAUAAUGGUAAUAAACAACUCGGUCAAACCAACUGAA